AUGGCCCCUAAACAGCAACCGAUCGCCCUUGCCCUUCUCUCGCGUGCACACUCGCCAGAGACGGCCACGCGAAUCUACACGGAUCGGGUCCUGCACAGGCCACUCCAUGUAGGCCCAAGUCAAGGUGAGCCUACGGCGCAACAGAUUCGACGAGAAGAGCGUAUCCGAAAGCGUCUCGCGCGCACUCGACAUCCUGGCAGACCGGCACCGCUGUCCUGCCGCCGCGCGCGAGCGCUUGAUCUCUAUACCAUCCCACCAAAGGCUCAAAAAUACGCCUUAUACCUACCCCUCAACCGACUCUGGACCUCCUAUAUCCAGGAAGUCCUGUGGGACAACAAAAGCUACGGCCCACUCAAUAGCACUCACGCUGCUAAGCUAUGCUCCGCAGAUUUUCACGGUGCUGAGCUGGAGGUGGCGCGCUCAAAAUGUGUAAGUCGGGUCGGUGUCAGGGGAAUUGUUGUCAAGGACACCCGAGGUGUCUUCGAGCUCGUGACUCCAAAGGACGAAAUCAAGAUCCUUCCCAAAGAAGGCACUAUAUUCCGCUUCCAGGUACCUAUCUGGCAAGAAGAUGGCAAGGACCAGCCCGUAGAACCUCAAAACGCUGCUGAUGGGAAUCUCGAAGAAAAGACUGCCCCCACCUCGGAAGGGGCUGGCCAGAAAUCGGUAAUCUUCGAAUUACACGGCGACCAAUUUCGACAUCGAGCAGCGGACCGCGCCAACCGUAAGGUGAAGCCGCAUUAUCUCCCAAAUCUUUAG